AAUUCGUUGUUUGUGGUUUCAACACAUGAAACGAUGACAUUAAGCGACGAAGCCAAAUUUUUGGAGUGGAUCGAUAACUUGUAUAGUUAUCUGAAGAAUAGAAGCUUAAGUCUCUCAGAGACUCUUAAUAUCGUUGCCAAUCAGUGGAUAGAAUAUUUUGCUAAACAGCACUGUCCAAACAUUUCUUGUGCCACACUUAGUCGGUUAUCUCACGUUAGCACGCUGUUGUUAGAAAGGUGUAAGCAGUCCAGUUGCCUUCAUACUAAUAAUUUGAUUCUGUUGCGUAAAGUUUUGGCCAUUUGGCGAAACAGUUGUCGUAGCGUUGACAUGAGAACGUUUUUAAUGGACAGUGGCUUUGUUGACAAACUUGUGAGUGACUUGGAAACUUUAUUGGAGGGAGAAGGGCUGAUUUUGGUUCGGGUCGUGUUACAAUUACUUGCCAAUGUGACCAAUGAUAAAAGGAGGCCUUUGUGUUUAUGGAGAAAUGAUACAAAGACACCUCAUAGGUUUUAUCAAUUAUUGUUGAUGUCAGCGAAGAAAGAAUAUGACCGAAAUCCAGGAGAUUGCACACUCUUGCUUGCAUUCAAUAUGCUAUGGAAUAACCAGUUUUGCUAUCUAGUGACAUCGGAAUCCUUUGUUUCGUUAAUAGACGACAAUAGCUUUUGGAGUACAUUUUUAGGUUGGAUACAGCACCACUUUUGUUCCACAAGAGACCACAACUGUGAUGGUUUAUACUGGUUAUUUGUGAUGAUGGAAAAGAUGGCGGAGAACGAUGUUCUUUGCAAGUGCCUUUUUGGUAGUAAUAAUCAUCUUGCCAAUAGUAAACAACUUCAUAUGGAUCAUAGCGAAUGCAACGUGAGUAUGGAAGACAUGACCCUUUUUCCCUUUGUUUCUAUUUUACGUGAUGCUUUACUGGUUGGAGAGCAGUCCAUUGUGUUAUCUUUAUCGGAUAUUUGUGGUUUUUGUAUGUACUUUCAACAUUUUUGUUGUCAUCGCAUAGUUGAUGGCAGUCAUGUGGCAUGGUUAGAGUUGAUUGCAGUCAUAUUGGCAGAUCAUUUUUCAACGUCAAUGCCAAUCUAUGAAAAGGAAUAUCUCGUUUCCGUGGUAGAUGGUUGUUGCUAUGUUCUACGCCUAUUGCAAGAAGACUCUAGUUGGAUGUGUUUGGGGGACAAAAUAAUCAACAAUAUCUUGUAACAUUGUUAAAACAAUGGCAAUUGGAUACUGAAGCUCCCUUGAGUUUUGAAUGGACUGUGUUUCUGUUUCGAC